AUGAAUUGCGGUAGUUCUAGAAAUACCAAAAUAUUUGGAUUCACGUAUAAAUCAACCCAUAAUAAAGCACCGAAGAGUCAGUGUGAUGGGGAAGUCGGCACUCAAGCUGAAAUCACACGAGGCGGUGAUGGACUCGCCAUCGCCUUCACCGUGUCGGACGAAACUCGUCUUUCGCUAACAACCACGGCGCGCGCGCCCUCUCCCACGGACUCCAUCGUGGAGGACGACUACUACACUGCUCCCCCGCCGCACUCCCCGUCCGUAGCAUCUGCAUCAACCUCCUUCUCUGUCGGACCUCCGCCUUUCUCCUCACUCUUUUCUGCAUCUCCUUCGACCGAGUCCAAUCAGCCCAAGGUCACCGAGUCUGGGCCAGCUUCGCUCCCAGCUUUCACGCCGCCACUACCUGUCGAGGAGCCUCUCGACUCGGCCCCUUCGUCGUCGGUUGUCGCAGACACCAAAGCCUCCUUCUCAGAGCCAAAGAGCGAAGGGCUUGGAAAAAACACCGACGACGGGGAACCGCCGCCGCCGUAUACCGAAGGUUAUAGCCCGCUCGAGUCCUUUACAUACGCGAUGGCUGCUGCGGGAGGUGCGUCGAGCAUCAUCACCCAGGUCCAGCAGACCGGAGGGCCACCUAUCAAUACACUCGGAGACAUCGGUGGAGAUGAGCACAUCACUCUCGACCUCCGGGGUACCCGGUUUACACUUUCUCGCGAUGAACUUUUGACUUUGCCUGAAUUUGUCCUCCUCUCCCUGUUUCCGAAUGGUCUUCUUCCUGAUGGACAUAUGGGCGGAUUUCACGAAGGCGACAUCUACCCUGUUGAUUACGAUCCGGCAUCGCUCCAGUACAUGCUCGAUUUCUUCCGUUCCGUUGCUCAAUCCAUCCCAUCAUCGCUUCCUUCCGCAUCGACAUCGCCGGAGUUGGAAGUUCCCGACGUGACGCAAAACUCCGCGCGUGAUAUGCUUCAAGAUCGCGCUGGGAUUAUAGUCCUUCGCGAAGAUCUUGACUUUUACGUCAUCCCGCCACGACCAGAGAUUGGGCAUGAGGAAAUGCUCGAGGUUAAGCGGGCUGCGGGCCGCGCGCUGUUGAAGCAGGACGGUAUCUUUUCCGGACUACGCAAGAGCGAGGAGGUUGGCUCGACCGAGCAGCACCUCAUCGAAAUGCUGACCGCUGGUGGAUUCGAUCGCGAAGACCAGUGGGGACACCGAGCCCCGGAGCCAAACAAGGCAGUCAUCUGCAGCCUUGCUCUAGCCAAGCUUCGCACUGAUAUUCGGGGUGAUCUAUCCAACAACAACGCGGUCGGCAUGGCUCAGAAACUUCUUCUUUUCUGGAGAAAACCUGCCCGUCGUUGCUGGUGGGAGGGGGUUGAUCUGGACGACGUAGAAGGUGUAAAAGGUCAACUCAAGGUCUGGAUUCGCAGAGUCUGGACGCUAGAAAUGAGCGUGAUCGGACUCAGGUGA